AUGGCCCCCACCAACACUUCAGUGGCCCCCAAAGCCUCAGUGGUGGCUCCCAACACCUCGAUGGACCCUAGCAACACCUCGAUGGCCCCCAAAGUCUCAGUGAUGGCCACCACCAACACCUUGAUGGCCCCUACCAACACCUCAGGGGCCCCCAAAGCCUCACUGGUGGCCCUCACCACCUCAGUGGCCCCCAAAGCCUCAGUGGUGGCCCUCACCACCUCGGUGGCCCCCAAGGCCUCAGGGGUGGCCCUCACCACCUCGGUGGCCCCCAAAGCUUCAGUGGUGGCCCUCACCAUCACCUCGGUGGUUCCUAAAACCUCUAUGGUCCCCACCUCUUCGGUGGUCCCCAAAGCCUCAGUGGCCCCCAGCAUCUCAGUGAUCCCAAAUGCAUCAGUGACCAUCCCCAACGCCUUGGUGGCCACCAAUGCCUCUGUGAGUGGUACAAAAGCGAUGAAGCUCCAGCUCACCUGCCACAGCUUCCAGUGCUCCGGGGAGAGGUGUUACCAGGAUGGAGCCCACACCAACGAGACGGUGACCUGCCACAAUGAGACUUACUGUGAGCUGUAUCGUUUCUCCAGCACAAACUACACAGCCAGGUGCAGCAGUGCCUGUGGCUCGGGGAUGUGCAGGGCCAACAGCAGCAUGAGCACAAAGGAGUGUGCCCUGGACUGCUGCAACUCCUCCCUCUGCCUGCAGCUCAACGCCAGCUCCUAUGGUGACCUUCCCCCCACCACCACACCACUGAUGACCACUACAUCCAGAGCUCCCCCCCAGAACGGGAAGGUGUGCGCAGCGUUCUCCUGUCAUGGGGAUGGAUGUUUCAAAGGCAAGAAGGCUGUUGCUAGAUGCAGUGUUGGGCAGGACUUCUGUGAGAUGAAGAAGAUGGGCUUGAAUUACAUGGCGGGAUGCAGCAAAGCCUGCAAGGCUGCCAAACCAGUCUGUGCUGCUGGGAUGAAGGCUGCCUGUUACCAGGAGUGCUGCCCAGCCACCCCGAGAGCCAGCUGCCUGAGGCUGGAUGGCAAAGUCCAUGUCAAUGGUGCUGGGCGGGUGACUGCAGCCCUGUUCUCGAAGCUCAUGGUGUGUGGGGUGGUUCUUCUCCUCACUUCCAGGGGCUCUGCUCCCCUCUGGGGGUAAGCAGCAGCCCAGAUGCUCUGCAGUGCUCCUCAGCAUCC